GAUGUCUACAUUUACUACGGAUUAACUAAUUUCUAUCAAAACCACAGACGAUAUGUUAAGUCUAGGGACGACCGGCAACUGUUGGGAGAGAUCAAGGGGUCGACUGAAUGCGCGCCCUUUGAUAAGUCCGGCGACAAGUGGUACGCCCCGUGCGGUGCCAUCGCUAACAGCAUAUUCAACGACACGUUUAAAAUACAGCGAUAUUUCGAUAAGACGACCCCCAAAACGAUUCCGACCACCGAUUCGGGCAUCGCGUGGGCCACCGAUAAGAACGCGAAGUUUCGUAACCCAAAGAUACCCGACGGACAGAAGAACCUGUCGUACGCCUUCGUCGACACCAUUCAUCCGCCCAAUUGGCAGAGGAAUGUAUGGGAACUGAAGCCAAGCGAUCCCAAUAAUAACAAUAAUAACGGGUAUCUGAACGAGCGGUUCAUCGUAUGGAUGAGAACGGCUGCUUUGCCCACAUUUCGCAAACUAUACGCCCGGGUCUCGCACAACACGAACGAGAACGACAUCAGUUACCAUUCCUCUCUACCCAAAGGCAAUUACCUACUCGUCGUCGAAUACCACUUUCCAGUGGCCGCCUUCAAGGGGACCAAACGGCUCAUCAUUUCCAACACUUCAUGGCUCGGCGGCAAGAAUCCAUUCAUUGGUGUCAUGUAUAUCAUCGUUGGCUGUGUUUGCCUUUUAUUGUCUGCAAUUUUCGUUUUCAUU